GAGACGCAAAUGUGGGGCGAUAAAAAACCAAGAAUAUUUGUCAUGGGAAUCGUCAGAAUUCAGGGGACAGAAGGUGAACCUCGGGCUCUGGGAGGAGUCCUGGGUGGUGUCACCGCAAUGACCCCAAUGUCCCCAAUGAUCCCCACUGACCCCAAAGACCCCCAGAGACCCCAGUGACCCCAUGUCCCCCGUGACUCCACUGACCCCCAACGUCCCCAGUGACCCUCAUUGUCCCCCAUUGUCUAAAUAGACCCCAACGUCCUCAGCGACCCCAACUGACCCAGAAGACCCCGAUGUCCCCAAUGGCCCCCAAUGUCCCCACUGAUCCCAAUGUCCCCGUUGCCCCGAUGUCCCCCCAGCUCCGUUCCCGUGCUGUGCGAGUUCUGCAGAGCGCCUGGCGGCUGCACUGCGCCCCCCCCGCAGCCCCCAGCCGCUGGCGUUUGGGAGCGGCGGCUGCUGGCGGCCAUUGAGGGGUUCCGUUACGCACGACGGCAGCACCGGCGCCUGCAGGAGGAGGCGGAGCCCACGGUGACGUUGGAGAAGGUGAUGGCGGCAGUCACGGAGAUCUCAGUGGGGCUGAGGGACGCGCGGGGACGGCUGGAACGACUGGAGCACAUUUUGGGGGCAGGACAACCCCCCCGAGACCCCCCACCCCCCCACCCCGAGACCCCUCCCCCACCCCAGGACCCCCACCACCCCAAGGGAUUGGUCCCACCGUGA